UCGAAUGAGGAACAGCUCCCGAGACUGAACGUUACAGGUGGGAGCAGUCCACGGGCGCAUUGUCCUUUCAUCCAACUGCUGUCACUAAGUCACUAGAAUCUCUCACUGUGGGAUUCCUGUUUUUGUUUUAAAAAGCUGGACUGGCUGAAGGGGUUAGCAGGCAGGAGUCCGGAGCAGUUAUCUCUGCACCGUCUGGGCUGACCCUCCCCACCCCACAGCGCCCUCUCCCCUUUGUGAGCUCCCUCAAAGGCCAAGCCGGGACCAUGCCCCCAAGAACCCUUCUGCACAAAGUGACUGCCCGAUCAGUGCAUCAACAGUGAAGCCAGAGACUACGUUAUGUCGAGGUAACGGUCGCGGUCUUCGCCCGCGAGACAGCGAGGGGGCCCGGGUCAGUGUUACUGAAGAGGGUUGGACAGGGGCUGGGGAGGUGUCCGGAGGGACAAAGUUUGCUUUAAGCCGCUCUGUGACUGGGUAGUCAUGGCUGCAGAGAUGGCCAUGGGACUGGCCAAGGCGGCCGUGAUGAAAUUCUCCGAUGUGAUCGGUGAAAGAACUAAGCAGAUAAGCGGAGCGAUGCAAGAACCGCGUCGGCAGCGAAGAAUCAUGCUGGUGAUAGUGUGCAUUGCGCUGCUCUUAGACAAUAUGCUGUACAUGGUCAUUGUUCCGAUUAUACCGAACUACCUGGAAACUCUCCGAACUUACAAAGUGGUCUAUGUCACUUCAGCUUCCAAUGGAACCAAUGGCUCAGCUCUGAAUUCCAGCCAGCGAGCCAUACUGUACAGAAACCCCAAUGCAAACGAAGACAUACAAAUCGGUGUGCUUUUUGCUUCCAAAGCCAUUCUGCAGCUACUCGCCAACCCGUUGACUGGCACUUUCAUUGACCGUGUGGGCUGUGACAUCCCUCUGUUCAUCGGGCUGAUCAUCAUCUUCCUCUCCACCCUCACCUUUGCCUUCGGCGAAAGUUACGCCAUGUUAUUCGUGGCCAGGAGCCUGCAAGGUUUGGGCUCUGCAUUUGCAGACACCUCGGGCAUUGCAAUGAUCGCGGACAGGUACACGGAAGAAUCAGAGAGGAGCAGCGCCCUGGGCAUCGCCUUAGCGUUCAUCUCCUUUGGGAGUUUAGCGGCGCCCCCUUUCGGAGGGAUACUGUACCAGUUCGCGGGCAAGCGCGUCCCCUUCCUGGUGCUGUCGUUUGUCUCCCUGCUGGAUGGGAUCUUGUUGCUGACGGUGGUGAGCCCUUUCACCGGCAGAACCCGGGAGAACAUACCGCAGGGCAGCCCAAUCUAUAAACUCAUGAUCGACCCUUACAUCGCUGUGGUGGCCGGGGCCCUGACUACCUGUAACAUCCCCCUGGCUUUCCUGGAACCCACAAUAUCCAAUUGGAUGAAGCAGACAAUGAACGCGAGUGAAUGGCAAAUGGGGCUGACGUGGCUGCCAGCGUUUUUCCCGCACAUCCUGGGUGUAUAUCUGACUGUUAGACUUGCUGCUAAAUAUCCCAACUACCAGUGGUUCUACGGGGCCAUCGGCAUGGUUAUAAUCGGUGCUAGCUCGUGUACGGUUCCAGCUUGCAGGAAUUUCGAAGAACUCAUCAUCCCAUUGUGCUCCCUGUGUUUUGGAAUAGCGCUAGUGGACACCGCCCUGUUACCCACCCUUGCCUUCUUGGUAGAUGUUCGCCAUGUGUCAGUGUAUGGCAGUGUGUAUGCCAUAGCCGACAUCUCUUAUUCGGUUGCUUAUGCCCUGGGACCUAUUGUGGCCGGCCAGAUUGUCCACACUCUGGGCUUUGUACAGCUCAACCUCGGCAUGGGCUGUGUCAACGUCCUGUACGCGCCCACCCUCCUGCUGCUCAGAAACGUGUGCCAAAUGAAACCCUCGCUCUCCGAGAGAAACGUCCUUCUGGAGGAGGGACCCAAAGGGCUGUACGACACCAUCAGAAUGGAAGAACGCAGCACCGGGAAGAAAGGGUAUGGCAGCUCGGCCGGGAACUACUCCACGGCCGGGGGCCUGGAUAACAUCGGGUUCGAGAGCUCCAGGAGAAACCAGCUUCUGUCUGAAGAUGAUUCAUCGGGUAGUGAUUACAGCUAACCUCGGCACUCUUCCACAGCUACAUCUUCCAAGGGCAUAACGCUAAUGAGAUGCAACAUCCCAUUGCCCGUUUGUGAUGUACUAGGUGUCUAAUAUAAGCAUUAAUCAUUGCCCGUGAAUUACUUUUGUACAAUUUAUGUAAUCGCUUAUUUCACUUGUUUUAAGGGGGUGGAGAAUGGGAUAAAGAUGGAAAGAUUAUAAUCCUCAUUCUGCCAGAACACAGCAUUCCCUCAUAAACUCCAUUUGCCACCAAUCUAUUUAACUGAUAUCCAGCGCUCCAUUUGCUGAAUUGUAUCGCUAUGUACCGGUUUUAGUUUGUAUAUCUUUGUGAGGAGUAAAUCGUUGUAUGUAUUUAAACAAAAAUCAUGGAUACAUUCAGGGAUCUGACGGGAAGCGAAUAAUUGUAUAUACUGUGUGUUCCUUAGAUUGUUCUCCCAAAUCAUUUGAAUUGAAGCAGGAGUGAUUGUGUAUUUUUCUCGGAGAAUAAUCUCUGUAUGGGACUACCUGUAUUCCGACCAUUGUCUGCUGCUAUAUUAUAAAUACAAUGUCAGAUUAAA